AGCAGCCUCCCCCCCUCUCUCUCUCUCUCUCGCUCUCUGUCUCUCUCUCUCCCUCAGAGGAUUCCAGGAUUACGACCGAGUAAAUUUUCUUUGGAGUUUUAGUUGCAGAGUAAAUCUAUUGCUCCUUGCUCAAGGAAAAGAGAGGUAACGGGAACGAGGGAACGGGGAAAGAGAAAAAAUGGUGGGCUCAGACAGGAGCAAGGAGGCGGUUGGAAUGAUGGCUCUUCAUGAAGCUCUCAGAAAUGUCUGCUUGAAUUCUGACUGGGCUUAUUCUGUCUUCUGGACCAUUAGACCUCGACCGAGGUCAAGGGGUGGUAAUGGAUGCAAAGUUGGUGAUGACAAUGGUAGCUUGAUGCUCAUGUGGGAAGACGGGUUCUGUAAACCGAGGGUAGCAGAGUGUCUGGAAGAUCUUGACGGGGAUGAUCCUGUUAGAAAAGCUUUCAGCAAGAUGUCCAUUCAGUUGUAUAAUUAUGGAGAAGGUUUGAUGGGAAAGGUUGCAUCUGAUAAAUGCCACAAAUGGGUUUUCAAGGAACCUUCUGAAUGUGAAACCAACAUCUCCAACUACUGGCAGAGUUCAUUUGAUGCACUCCCUCCUGAAUGGACAGAUCAAUUUGCUUCUGGGAUCCAGACCAUUGCUGUGAUUCAAGCUGGGCACGGACUUCUGCAACUUGGAUCUUGCAAAAUCGUUCCUGAAGAUCUGCACUUUGUGUUGAGAAUGAGGCACACUUUUGAGUCUCUUGGAUACCAAUCAGGGUUCUACCUUUCCCAGCUCUUCUCUGCAACUAGAAAUGGAUCACUAUCGUUGCCCUCUAACCUAACCAAGCCGACCAUACUGAACCAUCCUCCACCCAUAUUCAACUGGAACCAGAGAGCUCUGCACUCUGCUGCGGUACCCACCACGCCCAUUGGUCCUCCCAACUUUCCCAAUGCUCCAAGAGCCACCUUGCCGCCAACCGAUGAAACCCAGCUCUUCCUCUUUCCACACGCACCCGAAUCGCAGAUCGACGAAAUGAUGGUCGAUCACGACGCCGAGAUCAAAUGGCCUAGUGGCUUGUCAUUCUUCAGCGCACUCACCGGCCGAGCAGAAGAGAGCAAGCUUCUUUUCGGCUCGGAAAGCAUCGGCGAAUUGGGUGAAAUGGGGGCGGCUGCUCAGGGAAGGCCUAGAUCAUUGCAGCAGCAGUUGGUGGUCGGGAAGAACCUGAAUUCGAGCUCGAAUUCGCCUGCAAGCAUGUGCAGCACCAUGGGAGAUUCCAAGGCAUUCGCCAGAGGUUCGGACGCCAUGGCCGCCGAGAAUGUGAGCGUGACGGAGUACCUCAGCUUGGAGAGCCACGGGAUCAACAAUGGAGAAAGGUUGAAGAGAAUGGAGAACAAGUUCAAGAGGAGCUUCACAAUGCCUGCAAGAAUGGGUUCCUCAACUGUCGAGAGCAACCAUCAUCGUCAAGCUGAGGGCUACAGAGGACCAGAGGUUGGAAUGUACUCGGAGAUCAUGGAGUCGUUCCUGGACUGAGCAAACGUCUUAGCCUUUCCCUGCCAGCCAAUUGUCUUCUGUAUUUUCUUCCUUUUUUCAUUGUAAUGAAGGGAGAGGUGUGUAUAUAAGAGGGAGAAAGGACCUGGAUCACUCCCUUCUUCUCCAUCGUGUGACUUCUGCUCAUUGCCUAAGAUCAUGUGACAGCAUUUGGUUAGUGCUCC